AUGGCUUCCUCGCAGCGCCCUACCACGCUCAACUUCAUCACCGGGAACCCAAACAAACUCGCCGAAGUGCGCGCGAUCCUGGCGGAUGUGCGCGUGCCCAGCGAUAACGGUGAUGGCACUUUUGUCGAUUUGAUUUUAGACAGCAAAGACGUCCCCGGUCAUGAGAUCCAGGGAACCAUCGAGGAAGUUGCGCGCGACAAGUGUGCUCGGGCGGCGGCGGUCGUGGGAGGGCCCGUCUUGACGGAGGACACGGCGUUGGAGUUCGCGGCGUAUAAUGGGUUGCCGGGGCCGUAUAUCAAAUAUUUCCUUCAAGCGGUUGGACACGAAGGUCUGAACAACAUGCUCGCAGCAUAUGAGGACAAGACGGCCUUUGCAGUCUGCACCUUUGCUUACUGCGCCGGGCCGGGCCACGAACCUAUCUUGUUCCAGGGACGAACUCAAGGCAAGAUAGUGCCGGCCAGGGGACCUGGUCUCUUUGAUUGGGACGCGGUCUUCGAGUAUGAGGGCACGACAUAUGCCGAGAUGGACAAAGCCGAGAAGAACCGGAUAUCGCACCGAGGCAAGGCCCUGGCGAAGUUGAAAUCCUGGCUUGCUGGAGGAGAGCCAGAGCCCUGA